AUGCCGCUGAUAUUGAAUUCACCGGUCUCGAAGUCUACCCGGGCAAUUCGUCUAGUAGGUGCUACGAAAUAUGCAUUUGCGGUGAGAGCUGGUGGACAUGCGACGUUUGAAGGCGCAUCCAACAUUAAUCAAGGCCUGACAAGCAGUCUGGAGAGACUGAAUUCGGUCACCUUGGUAAAUGAUGGAUCCAUCGCUCACGUUGGCCCAGGAAACAGGUGGUAUGAUGUUUACCGCGAUUUGGAGAAAAGCAAUGUUACCAUUCCUGGAGGCCGAUCGGGAUCGGUCGGCGCGGCCUAUCUUUUUUUCAGGCAGCCAUGGAUUCUUGACCUAAUAAAACAACCUAAGGCUGUUCUGGCUGAUGGCUCAAUAGUGAAUGUAAAUGUCACGUCCCACCCGAACCUGUACUGGGCCCUACGUGGCGGGGGAGCGAACUUCGCCAUUGUCACCCGAUUUGACAUUUACAGUAUCCCGCAUGAGAUGAUGUGGGAAGGUAUCCGGAAUUAUACCAUCGAUCAGGUCGAUACUAUCCUUGAUUCCUACGUUGAAUUCGGAUUGCGGGCGUCAGAAAACCCAUCGGCCUACCAAAUCACCACUCUGUAUUAUACGCAUGCCAAACACCAUGCCACAGUCGACCUAUACAAUACAGAGCCUGAGCCAAAUCCGUCCAUUUUUCAGUCAUUGGACGAAGCUCGACCAUAUGCCGAUACUACCUCUAUAAAUCGACAGUCAAAUAUUAGCUUGAUCAAUGCUCUUGGACAGCCUGAUGGUCUCCGUCAGACCUAUUGGACUGCUACCUAUAAGCUUGAUCGGGUAUUAGCCGGCUUUGUUCAGAAAGUGCUCAACGAUGAGACCAGCCAACUGGGUGAUCUUGAUGGUUUGGAAGCGAGAUGCAUCAUGCAGGUCAUAACCACGGAUAUUCUUCGCCACAUGGGCAAGAAUGGGGGUAACACUCUGGGCAUCUCCACCCUGAAGCAUCCACUCAUGCUACUGAACCCGACUUUUCGAUGGCAAAAUGAAGAAGACGAUCUUAAAAUCUUGCAAGCCAAUAUGAACUUGGUGAACAGGGUCAAUGCACGAGCCCGUGAGAUGGGCCUCGAUGAACCGUUUCUUUACAUGAACUACGCCAGCCAAUUCCAGGAUGUCAUACAUAGCUAUGGCUCGGCCAACGUCUACCGUCUCCGUAUGAUAGCUGACAGAUAUGACCCCGAUGAAGUAUUCCGCACCCUUCAGCCGGGUUAUUUCAAAUUGAGCGGUCGAGUAGGUUGGUGA